UGUACAAGGUUGGACACCGUGCCGCCUAAGAGGUACCUACCUACCUACCUACCUAAGUAAUACCUAGCACAGUCGCAGGCUAGAUAGUUGUCGGUUCCUGGUCACGGAGUACACAGCCAAGCCGUAUGAAUGACUGAGGCCCGUCCAGGCGCGCUCCUGCACGCAGGCUUCUUCGGUAUCCUGUCUCUUUUCCAUUUGGUAUCCAAAGUACAACACGGCCUCCCCGUAGGUAUACGCCAGUAAUUAACUAACGCAAUUACCUACUUUGAUAGGCAUCUCGGGAGAGCCUAUCACUGAUUAUCUCCGCUAGAAAAACCAGGUUCCGGCGUAUCAGUCUGCCAGCCUGGAAUUCCCUCGGGGUCGAGCAUGAGACAAGAUUCGGUUGAGUUUGGGCUCAGCGAGACUGCUAACGGCACCUGGAGCGGGGCCACGGAUGCCGGCGGGUCUUCCUCCGGCUCAAACAUCGCCGGGGCUCAUCUUUGGCUGGUGGAUGCUGAGGAAACAAUACGCACGCCGGUAGAUGGGGACGGUGGCCGGGUUGACGACGCGACGGCCUACGGACCGGAACCGGACCCCAAAGGCAAGGGUAAGGCUCCGUUGCUAGCCAGCAGAGAAAAUUCAGACGAGCCAGAUCGCAAUGCCGCAAAUGUUUCUACUACAAAACCGCACUCGUGGGUACCUACCACCGCCGCCUCUAGAGCGGGACCUACCGAGCCCCUUCAAAACGAAGGGCGGGAAGGGGUACAGCGAUCCUGCCCAGCUGCGGGUGCAGAAAGCGAUGGCGACAACUGUGGGGCAACAGCGCAAGGGUCAUCUCGGAUUAGCAGUCAAAGGCAAAAACAAAAGGAGGAGUCAGAUCCGACAAGAGGGUCGGCGAAGGAGCGCGCGGAAUCUCCUGCGAGCCAACCCGACAGCAGUGAAGCCGCGGAGCCGCCGCCCUUCCGGCCGCUUCAGUACGGAGAUCCGGGCUGGGAGAGAUCGGCUGAUCGGCCGCCAAAGAAGUUACCUAUUAGAUUCAAGGAUGCUGUAGGGCGCCAGUUUGUCUUCCCCUGGGAAAAAGUCAAAACCUGGGAGGGCAUGGAGCUCCUUAUCCGGAGCUGCUUCGCCCACGUUGCUGUGAUAGGACCGCACGUGAACGAAGGGCACUACGACCUCCUCACCUACUUCCGCUUUUCAGCGAAUUCCGGCUUUGGAAUAUCCCCCCAGGGAGUACCACCGCCAACCAACUCUCAACACCCAUCUUCUCAGGAAGCGAUCUCGACAGUGGCAAUGCCUUCAGCUCCUGCAGCGCCCGCGGAGGCAGAGGAGGCUAUGGGGGGUCAAGGUGAUGGCAUGUUGAGCGAGCCGGCGGUCCCAACAGCCCCAAUUCCGUUGCCUGCUUCCGGUUCACCUAUCCAAACACAGCAAUCUCCUAUUGUGAUCUUACCUGAGCUAUGGGAGGAUUUGAUCGAGCCGGGAAUGACCAUCUGGAUGCAAAUGUGGCCGCCCUCCGCUCAUGACCCACUGCCGCCAAUAGCACCGCCUCCGGCCGUACAACCCCCUAUCUCCGGCCCCCCGCAUCCGUCAACCCGGGGAUUCUUUCGGGGUAGAGGUCGCGGCCGAGGUUAUGGUCGUGGAAGAGGGGUGGGCCCUCUGCCACCGGUUCCGCCCCUAGGGUGGACGAUAGGCGAAGCAUCUAAACCGAGAGGCAAGACGAGGAAGCGACAGGAUGGCCUAUAGACGCGCACGGCGCUCUCCUGCAUCCUAGUUGGAACGGUUUCUAGGCAUGGUAAUGGGAUUUAUAGUGGUCUAUGUUGUGGCCUUUUCGUGAUUGCUCGUCUCUUCUCAUUUUGAGCGACAACGGCAUAAACUCCCCAGCCCCUCAAAUGGGCGUAAAAAGAACAGCGGUACCUACCCAGGCACCCAUAUAGGGGGGGAGCAGCUCUAUUAACUAUUAACUACUUCAAGUUGGCGUGCAACUCGGCACUGGUCUAAACAUAUAGAAAGCUUGGUGGGAAGAAAGGGAACGCCAUCAGGGGCGUCGCGGUAACUGUAGGUAGCAUAGAAUGAAUGUGUGUGCUGAUAAUCUGGGGCGCGUUGUGCGCCUGUCGUCUCGAGAGUCAACUUUUCUUACGUCUAGUCACAUCUAGCCGGACGAGAGAGAAGUGCCGGC